AUCUAGUCUGAUGGAGGUAGAAGUUUUGUAAAAGUAGGAAUGGAUUCCGAUGAUAGUCAUGAUACUCAGCUUCAGGCGUCAUGGUACUCUUUGCGAGUUAAACUGAAGUCUCCAUCAGAGGUACCCGUUCCCCUUCCAAAAAAGACGUCAAAAGACUACUAUCACGAAUACAGACAAAGGCUGAAGAACGAUGAAGCAAGGUAUGGCGAAUACAAGAAGAAAGACUAUAUAAAAAAAGAAACAAUACCGCAAGACGUUAUCAGGUCCGCAACGAGAAAAGUACAAUGAAAAGGCCAAGUUAAGAAUGAGGGCAUAUAGAGACAGACUUUUGAAAAACCAUCCGCCAGGCAGAAAAUGACAAAGUUGAGAGAGUAUUGGCGGAUGAAAAAACGUGAACAGAGAGUGCGUCUGACUUCAGAAGAAAGGCUCAAAAGGAAUGCUGAAAGGAGGGAAAAAUAUAAAAUGAAAUCAAAAAAGAAACUUUGUUUUGAAGCAGACCAUUCCAAAUCAAAAAGACAAUACCUACCUAAAACUGCUGAAAAGUUUGCAGAUACUAUUGAUCAGGCUGUACAUAAUGCAACACCAAGAAGAAAAAGGGCUGUAAUUGAUAAGGGGUUUGUUCUUUCUGCAGAAGAGAAGUCUAAGAGAAAGCUGGAGACCAAAAUUGUUAUUAGAGUUAAACAUGCUCUGCAGAAUUUGAAGAAAGAACACACGAAAUAUGGAAGAAAACAGUAUCGGCAGUUUGUUCGCUCACUUGUUGGCAAGUAUACAGCAGAGCACUCGAUGAGACGCGCUUUAGAACACUGGCAACGCGUGUCAGCUGUGAAUGAAAAUGAAAUAUACACUCAGAAAAGGUCAGCUGCUUUUCCAAAACAGAUUGUUGACAGCAUAUAAACCUUUUACCACCAUGAAUACGUGAGCUUGCCAAACAAGAAAACUGUGAGCAGUAAGACUUUGAAGCAGAAGAAGGUCCUCACGGAAACCAUUCAACACAUACAUAAACGUUUUCUGAAUGACAAAUGAGCGAAAGUAUAAAAAAUCUAUUUCAAGUACUAAAUUAAUUAUUUAUUUUGAUAUAAUUAAAAGCUAUAUUAUAAUGAUGUCGGGACGAAAAGUAUGCUACUUUCACGAAUUUAGUCUAACAAUAAUUCAAGGGAAAUGUUUCAGACGCCAAUCUUCCUAAUGAAUGCUUUUAAAGAUGAAUUCACGUAAUAAACUCCAAAUAUAGCAUAAUCUUAAGAUUGUCUGAACUUU